GCCAUCCCUGACAUGAUGGUUGAUAUAAGACACCACACCGCACAGCGCACCGUUUGACAAUCAAUGGCUGAUGAGUUGUGACGACACGCUCAGUCUCGCGAUAGUUUCUCGCCCCGUCCAAUCAGUAAACGACUACCGACGUCUCGUGCGGGAGACUAUACGCAAGAGUCCUGACGGUCAGGAUGAUGAGAGAUGUACUGCUGUUUUGCCGCCACUGUUCAGUGGGAAGAGACAUUUGUGAAAUCACAUCGUUCGAGAUAGUGAAGUCGUUUUCUACUACUCCGGCUGGAGGGUAAAUCGCAGAGAGCCGAUUCGAGGCGCAGAGCAGCACCGAAGCGUUGUGUGUAUGCGAAGUCGUCGUCCAGCGGCUUGCUUGAUUCCUCUCCGAGUGGAUUUGGGACCUUCAGGGUUUUUAAAGACCACCCUGAAAAAACCUAGCUCAAUCUUAUAGGUGUGUCGAGGUUCUUGUAGCAACACACACGGCGGUUGUCCACACACAACGGUUGUGGUCUGAUCUGUAAGCCGGGGGAUAGUAACAAACAUCCAGGGGUGUGCGGAUUUUAAGGCACUUUUGAUCCAGUACCUUUCGUACCCGUCGUAAAUCCGGCAUUUUAUGUUUACAUAAUACACAAUAGACGGCAUCGCUACUCGACCGUCGUGCGAAGCCAGUCGACCCUCUCGAUGCUGACUGGUUGUUUGGUGUGAUUCCUAACCCGUCUCUCUCUCUCGCAGAAAAUUGCAUCCGUCGAAGAGUUCCGAAGUCCCCCUCUGAAGUUGUACGGCGGAUCUAGUUUUAUUCGUACAUCGCCGAACCAUGUCGAUUGUGGCAGACCCACCUCCGAACUCCCUGGGUGCGAUUCACGGGGAAGAGGACCAACAAAGUUUCCCCAUGAACGACAAGGAUGGAAACUGCAACGCCGUGGACCACAUGAUUGGAGACGGCAAGGAGAUGAGUCGCCUUGAUCCUGAGGGGGAUGGGGUGACGGAGGAGAGCACACCCAAGAUUCCGGAGGGGGGCGAGAGGGAUAUGUGGUCCCGUAAUAUUGACUUUAUAUUCGCCUGUAUCGGCUAUGCUAUCGGAUUGGGCAACGUCUGGCGGUUUCCUUACUUGUGCUACAAGAACGGUGGAGGUGCCUUUUUGUUGCCGUACACAAUAGCCCUGCUGGUCGCCGGGGUACCAGUGUUUUUCUUCGAGGUUUCCAUUGGUCAGUUUCUCAGCCUAGGUGGUCUUAGCAUUUGGAAGAUUUGCCCACUUUUCAAAGGUGUUGGUUAUGCUGGCCUGGUGAUGUCAUUCUGGUUGAACGUGUGGUACGUCAUGCCGAUGGCUUGGGCUCUGCUCUACCUGGUCAACUCGUUCACGUCCAAGCUACCCUGGGAAGGAUGUGACAACGACUACAACACGGAAUUCUGCUAUGCCAAUUAUUCCUAUUCCGAUAACACUUCAACCAACCCCACGGAAGAAUUCUGGGAGAGAUACGUCUUGGAAAAGACUGAAACUAUCGACCACCCCGGCAAGAUUCGUUGGCAGUUAGCCCUGACGCUGCUCGUUGUGUGGGUGGUGUGCUACUUCUGUAUUUGGAGGGGUGUUAAAUGGACAGGAAAGGUUGUGUAUUUCACCUCGAUGUACCCCUACGUCAUGCUCAUCAUCAUGUUCUUCAGGGGUGUGACACUAGAGGGCGCUGACAAAGGAAUCAUUUAUUACCUCAAACCGGACUUCACGAGACUUGGAGACUCGCAGGUUUGGCUCGACGCGGUCACUCAGAUCUUCUUCUCCUAUGGAACUGGAUUAGGAAGUUUGAUCGCUCUAGGCAGCUAUAACAAAUUUAACAAUAAUGUAUACAAGGACGCACUUAUCGUAUCGGUUAUCAACAGUUGUACUAGUUUCUUUGCUGGAUUCGUCAUCUUUUCCACCCUGGGGCACAUGGCGCAUGUGCAGCAUGUGGAUGUCGAAAAUGUCACAGCGUCUGGACCGGGACUGGCGUUCUUGGCCUACCCAGCUGCCCUGGCUCAGCUCCCGAUCUCCCCGCUCUGGUCUUGCUUCUUCUUCUCCAUGAUCUUCAUGGUCGGUCUGGACAGCCAGUUUUGCACCAUGGAGGGUUUCUUCACAGCGUGUAUGGAUGAAUGGCCGAAGUAUCUGCGUCAAUACAAGGAGCUCUUCAUCGCAGUAACUUGCGUCGUGUCGUAUAUUAUUGGACUGACUUUGGUAACACAGGGUGGUAUCUAUGUGUUCGAGAUAUUCAACAACUAUGCAGCAAGCGGCAUGAGUUUGUUGUUCCUCAUGUUUUUUCAAACCGCGGCGGUCAGCUGGUUUUACGGUGUGGACCGGUUUUAUCGCAACAUAGAGCAGAUGAUUGGUUACCGGCCGUUUAUUUGGUGGAAGAUCUGUUGGGCUGGGCUGGUACCCGCUCUAUGUCUGGGAGUGUUCAUAUUCAACUUAAUUGAGUUUAAGCCGUUGAAGCUUGCCGACUAUGAGUACCCGCCAUGGGCCAUAGCAUGUGGUAUCCUAUUGGCCCUCAGUUCUAUGAUGUGUAUACCGGGAUACAUGGUCUAUAUCCUUGCCGUUACACCAGGAUCAAUCAAGGAGCGUUUCCAGACGUGUAUUACACCGCAAUGGACAGAGGAAGACAUCCGAAAGGGUCUUGCCCUACCUCGAGAUGGCAGAUAUAAACCCCAAGGCCCCUACCAGGAUUAUUUGCCACCGUCCUAUGCCACAGCCGUUGCUGAUGGUGGACCCACACCCGUCUAGACAGCCGUGUGGACGGCGGGUAGGACUAAUCAUUUUACCUCCUUUAGAGCCAAAUUCCACACUGGGGGACAAAGUCAUUAUAUAUCUGAUACCAUUGCUUUACGUCAUGCUUUGUCAUGAGAUGUUCCCCAUUGUGGUAAAUGGGAACCAAAUUAAACCUCUUUCUAUUUUACUUGCGCAAAGUCUUUAUGUGUCAACGUCAUGGGCACGGCCAUUUUGUUUUUUUACCAAGACGCAAAUUGUGACGUAGUUUACGUGAUGCAUUGUUGCCGAAAUGUCCACGAUUACAUUUUCUGCGCCAUUCAAGUAAGUUUAUUUUUACUACUUUUUGAUGCAGGUUUAUGCAUCAUUAUAUUCAUAGUUGGGUUCAGCAAUGUCCCGUCCUUUUUCAAUUUUAUGUUUGUUUCAAAACUGUACAAAAAAUGUCCAUAAAGGGGGUAGCUGGGUAUCAACCACCAGGUUUGAUAGAAAGUACUACAAUUUGAUCAUCACAGAAAAAGCUUGAUUUGUUGAUGAGCUGGUUACGGGCAAAACGUUAUUUUGCCUUUGCUCAGCAUCGUUUAUUUGCAAAUUUCCCCUUUAUUUUUGCCAAAGUGUGGGACAAAAUUGUGACCUGGGUUUUUCUUGCUGUGAUGCUCCUAAAAAUCUUUGUUUUUUGAGCGUUAAAUAGCUCCUGGCACAAGUUUCGAUUGCCCGCUUUAGCUUCAAACUCUUGCAAGAAGUUUACAAACUUGCGCUAUAGCCAAUGUGUCCAACCAGCUUAAAUUUGGGCGUGAAAUCUGCGCUCUCCGCGCAAUCAUCUGAUACCUUCUUCUAUUGAUCCGAUAAGGUCAGGUCAACCGUGUUUAAAUCACAUGUUUAAACAUAGCCAUGUGAUCUCCUCUCGGCCAAUCAGAGUGGACGAACUUUCACAGAGGAAUUUUUGAAUUUGUAUUCAUAUCAAGUUAAAAAGUCAUAAUCAAUGGUUUUGAUAACUUAUAAUAAUUGUUGAUAACUUUUAGGCAGUGUUUUCUUACCUGACUUUACAAUCAGAUGUGGGGUGUCUUUUUGUAUUCAUAAUAUAGAACAACAUUUUAGGUAAUUGCUUCCUGAGAAGUAGUUGCUUUAAUACACGUAUUUUGCCCUGUGAUCUAGAGUUAUAAACUGAACCGGUUGUAGGCUGAGUUAUGGUUGCCCCUUGUAAAACAUUCUACUGUGUAGAAUUAAAGUAAGUUUGUAGGUUGUAUCUUAUUCUUAGAUCUAUACUUAUAUAAUUUCUGAAGCACCCUUUGCACACUGAAAGAGUGAGGGAAAACCUAGAGGCAACCAACUGUAUAGAGACAUUUUUGUAGUGUGGCUUAAUAUCACGUCAAAUUUCGUGCAAACUUAUAAUGAUAGAAUGACCUAGCUCCGAUGUGAUAAACGGAUGAAGACUUCUGCUUUUAAGGAUGAAACGUCGACUUUGACAUUUCCUUGUUCCUUAUUCACCUUUCAUAUUCUUGUGUACGUGAAAAUGAACCAGUUUCAAGGUUCCGGGCUCAACCUACUAGCCAUGCCUGGACCAGGGUCCGAUUUCAUACAAAGUAUCCAAGCAAAAACAAACGCUGAUUAGCAAGUUUCUUUGUUUAAGCAAGACACAAGAUGAAUGAAGUAAAAUUUUGAAAAUAAUGCGGACACCAGUUGCAACAAUGCAAGUAUUGUGUUGGAUUUUGAAGAGCGACACCAUGAAUUCAUGGUCCAGAAUACCUUAUUAAGAAACUAACACAGUUACAUGCCCACGGAAACAAAUUAAACAGCGAGAGCCGAAAGUUGUUGACGGCACCACGCUCAAGACCCGUCUGCCACAAAUAAUGGCAAGCCAUUGCUUAUUACGUAAGCGUCGUUCAAAUUGUCAGACUCAAACCCGAUGAGGCACAGUUAAAGAAUUUAAAGGAAUCUAAAACGCUUCACACAAUGCGCCACAACACAAGCUAUAUGGCAUCGUAGCCGGUUACCGGUUCUUUCUAGUAGCUUUAUGAAAAUGGGCACAGCCGUGAACCAAACAAAAUAGUAUAUAACAAAUUAUUAGUUAAGACUUACCGAUGACUCUUUUGACAUGACAAACGAAAUACCAUCAACAAAACUGAAAGGUGAUUGCUUGUUAAAGCAAGGUUGAUAUUAAAGAAAUGGGUGUUUAACAGGGCCCAGAACACGGACAUACAGAGACAUACCGGACAGUUGGGAUGGGGUGGGGCAGGGGGAGGGGAUGGUAAAAUCACGAUGACAUUGCUACAGUAAAACCAAAGAAAGUGACGUGAAAAUAAAAAGAACUGUUCUGAAACAAUCUAGCCGCAGUGUUCCCCUUCCCUCGUGGUCCGCUGGUCAAAUUCUAGUUAAAGGAUCAGUCAGAAUUUUCUGCAAGUGGUCAGGCUGACUAGUUCUGUGUUGAAAAGCAUUACUCUUUUGAUGUGAAAUACGGACCGCUCAAAAAGUUUCAGAAUAGUGAAACUAAAGGACAAGUUAGUUCGUCUUGUCUUGCUGGCUAUUCGUAAAAAAAUAUUUGAGGGCAAACGCGACAACAGGCAAGGAAGAAGUGUAAUCAUGAUGGUUAACUAGCAUUGUGGAAUCACUGUUGGCUCAGUGGUUUCUUUCUACUGCCUGCCUUUUACCUUUCUGUGGACCCCGGUUCGAGUCUCACUUCAGACAUGUAGCCUUGCAUAUGGGGAUUUCCUCCCAUGUUAAAAAAGAACCUUAUCAUCAUUCUUUCAUUAGCGCUUGCGCUCUUGUUUGUAAACAAAUACAUAUAAUGUUCAUGCGUUGAUACUGAACACAAAAGUCUAGUCGUGAAGACGCUGGUGCAAAGGUCGUGGGUACGAAUCGUACCCGAGUAAUAUGCCUGUGAUAUUUGUUUUCUUCACAGAGUUCGGGAAAGUACUGAUUGUACAUCGUUGUUUGAGUAAACCCACAAAUAACAAACCCAAAACUUGAAGUACGUAUGGGUACUUACUAGCAUUAAAGGAACACGUUGCCUUGGAUCGGACGAGUUGGUCUUUAAUCAAGUUUGUAAUCGUUUGUUAUAAAAA